AUGGCUUCUUUACUCCCAAUCAGCACAUACAAUUUGGCCCUUGAGCCAUUCAACCCACAGCCUGCUUUGCAGGAGGAGUUCCCCGUGACAGUCAGAAUUACCAUGGCUGCCGUGGACCCUGAGGCUGCUGAUGACAAGGAGGAGCCUUCGACUUUGAGAGUCUUGAAGAGAGCCAUUCCUUUUGGCGGCGAUGACGCCUUUGACCUCGACAGUGAGGACGAGGACGACGAGGAGGACGAAUUGGACAGCGAGGAGGAGCCAGAGGAGCCCAAGAAGGAGUCCAAGAAGGAAAAGAAGGACAAGAAGCUGAAGAAGGAGGAAGAGGAAGAAGAGGAGGAGGAAGAUGAGGACGAUGAGGACGACGAGGACGACCUUGAUGACGAGGUUGAGGAAUUUGUUCUUUGUACUCUUUCUCCAAAGGUCCAGUUCCAGCAGACUCUUGAUUUCACCGUUUCUCCUAACGAGGAGGUGCACUUUGUGGUGACUGGUUCCUACCCAAUUCACCUCAGCGGUAACUACGUCGAGCACCCAGCUGACGACGAGGAGGAUGACUUCGACUCCGAGGACGAGGACGAGUACGACUCGGACGCUUACAACUUGACCCCCGAUGAGGACGAGUUGAUUGACCUCGAGGCCUUGGAGGACGCCUCUGACGUCGAGGGCAAGAUCGAGGAGUUGGUCGAGGAGGAGGGCUCCAAGAAGCGUGCUGCCGAGGAGGAGCCACAGGCGUCGAAGAAGAGCAAGAAGGAGAAGAAGAAGGAGGACAAGAAGGUGCAGUUCACCAAGGAAUUGGAGCAGGGCCCCACUCCUCUGAAGAAGGAGAAGAAGGAGAAGGCCAAGGAGGAAAAAAAGAAGGAGGACAAGGAAGAAAAGAAGGACAAGAAGUUCCCUACCAAGACGUUGUUGGGUGGUGUCAUCACUGAGGACAGAAAGACUGGCAGUGGAGCCACCGCCAAGUCCGGCAACAAGGUGGGUAUUCGUUACAUUGGUAAGUUGAAGGACGGCAAGGUUUUCGACAAGAACACUUCCGGCAAGCCAUUCGUGUUCAACUUGGGCAAAGGCGAGUGUAUCAAGGGCUUUGACCUCGGUGUCGCCGGCAUGGCUAUGGCGUACGGCUCGCAGAAGUUGCCAGGUAUCCCGGCCAACUCCGAGUUGACCUUCGACAUCAAGUUGGUUUCGCUCAAAUAG